UUUCUACGUCAGUCACGCCUCCCAACAACAACAACAACCCAACACGUCGCUCGGGCUCUGGGGCUGGAAGUUGCACUUGAAGGGCAUUCAACAACUUGUCCGGGAUGGAAGGAAACUGCUCGUGAAAAACAGUGAUGGGGUACUCGUAACCAGCAUCCUUUUUUUUUAUUAUUUCUUUCCUGCAUGACGCCGAGCCUUGGCUUGUGUUAGCCCCGCUAACGUUAGCCCUAAACUGGAGAGAAAGGAGACUGCUGCAGUGACACUUAGGAAAAAUGAAGUUCGCUCAGUUUUUACUGAAAAAUGGCUCCGUUGCUGGGAUACCCAAACAAGUGGAGAGGUUUUCUAAGUUUUCCCCCUCUCCCCUGUCCAUGAAGCAGUUCAUUGACUUUGGCUCGGCCAAUGCAUGUGAGAAGACCUCUUUUGUGUUCCUGAGGCAGGAGCUUCCUGUCAGACUGGCCAACAUCAUGAAAGAAAUAGAUUUCCUCCCUGACAAGCUUCUCGGCACUCCAUCCCUUAAGCUACUCACCAGCUGGUACUCACAGAGUUUGUUGGAGCUUGUAGAAUUUUUAGAAAAAGAUCCAGAUAACAAGGAGGUGCUGAUCAGAUUUAUACAGGCUGUGGAGAACGUCCGUAAUCGGCACAACAACGUGGUGCCAACCAUGGCUCAGGGUGUGGUGGAGUACAAAGAGGCCUUUGGCGUGGACCCCGUGACCAACCAGAACGUUCAGUACUUCCUGGACCGCUUCUACAUGAGCCGCAUCUCCACAAGAAUGCUCAUGAACCAGCACACAUUAAUCUUCAAAGGCAGUGUGAACCCAGCCCAUCCCAAACACAUUGGCAGCAUUGACCCCAGCUGUGAUGUUGCAGAGGUAGUAAAAGAUGCCUAUGAGACUUCAAAAAUGCUCUGUGAGCAGUAUUACCUGACCUCCCCUGAUAUGGAGAUCACACAAGUCAAUUCCAAAAACCCUGACCAGCCCCUCCACAUUGUUUAUGUGCCAUCACACCUCUACCAUAUGCUGUUUGAGCUUUUCAAGAAUGCCAUGAGAGCUACAGUAGAGACCCAUGAGAUGAGUCCAACGCUGCCUCCGAUCAAAGUGCGAGUCUCACUGGGAAGCGAGGACCUCACUAUCAAGAUGUCUGACAGAGGAGGUGGAGUUCCUCUGAGGAAGAUCGAGCGUCUCUUCAGCUACAUGUACUCCACGGCUCCAAGCCCGGUCCACGUAGACAACUCUCGCAAUGCACCUCUGGCUGGUUUUGGCUACGGCCUUCCCAUCUCUCGUCUCUAUGCCAAGUACUUCCAGGGAGACCUGCAGCUCUACUCCAUGGAGGGCUACGGCACCUCAGCUGUCAUUUACUUGAAGGCCUUGUCCUCAGAGUCAGUGGAGAGACUUCCUGUUUUCAACAAGUCAGCCUUACGGCAUUACCGGGCAAGCACAGAGGCCGACGACUGGUGCAUGCCCAGCAAGGAUCCAAAGAAACUGGGCAAGUAUGAGAGGACUCAGUGAUGGUGGUCCAAUGGAAGGAAGUGAAGGACUCUCUGAAAUAGCUUGAAUAGAAAAAAAGAGUCUUCAUGUUGGAAGAAAUGGAUCAACUUAUGCUGUAAGUCCGAGAAGGGACUAAGUGUUUUCAGCAUGUUGCUGGACCUGGACUCAUGUGGAUUUCUUUCUCACAAGAGAGAGAAACCUAGAUGGAAAAAAAACACUCACAUUGCAUUGUUGGCAUCAAGAAUCAGAUAAAGACAGCUGAACCAAUACUGCCAGCCUCCAGGCAGUUUAAGCCAACAAAUGCUCACCACAUUUAAAUUCAUUAUACAACGAUUUCAGGCUGCUAAUAGUAAUGAAACAAGUAUUGAUCUCCAUUUGCCCCGUUCAUUACAUUCACAUUUCACUUAAGUUAUAAUAACAUGGUUACACUGAAAAAUACAUGCUAGCUGUUUGUGUUCAUGUCAGUUUUUUUCUUUCAAAGUAUGUAAUCCCACAAUUUAAAGACUGCUGCUCUUUGGUUAAUUCAAUUACUGGGAAACAUUGUGUUUUGUAUUAGGUGAGUCUAGCAUACAUGCCUUGAAAAACUCUUAAGAGAAUGGGAACAUGUUCAGUAAAGUUUCCUAAUUUCAUGCACACAACUUCUGCAUUUCUUUCAGUCCUUACACAACUACCGUUUUUCAAACACUAGAUGAAGAAUUUGCUUGGUGAGGCGAGGUGUAGAAUUAAAUUAUUUUUUUAAGUCAUUUUAGCCUUUUUAAGUCGGGAAGCCAACAAAACACGAUCUGUUUUACUGGAGGAUUCUGCUUGUCUAUCUACCUUGUACCUUUUAGCCUUCAACACAUGUAAGCUGAAAUUAUUUUUUAAAAGUUGUAUUAUUGUAUUCCAGAGAAGUGGAAUUGUUAAAACAUAGUAUUACAGCAUAUUUGAUUUUCAUAUGUGGGCUUGUAAUAUUAGUAUUAGAAAAAGUAAAAAAGUAUUUUAAAUGCAAUACCUCCCAAGUUAAGCUCAACCUUCACAAUCAUUUUCUCUUAAAACUUGUGUGAAGUUAAUCACAGGACAAUGUAAAAUACACACGUGUUAGCGUUCAGUGUUGUUAAGAGUUUGAUCAUUUCACUCGAAGUGUUUUGGAAUUUUAAGUUCAGAGGAUGUGAAGGGCUGUGUGCCUUUUUCUUUAGCUUUCUGACUUCCUGUAAGCCAUCAUGCUCGGAUUAGUGUAGCAUGUGAGGAGGGUCCACACACCGAGUUAAGUGUAGCAGACACCAAUGCAAACCACAGACUGGUGCUCAGACAGUGCAAGAUAUUCCCUCAUCUGUAUCUUGACAAUAUUACAUAUUGCAUAUUCUCAUAAUGUACCAGGCUUACUUUCAUAUGCUGUAAUACUCAGUUUAGCCUUCGCCAGGUUUGGAGAGUUUAAAAUGGCCAUGAGGACUUGUUGAUUGAAAUAUGAAUUCAUGCAUUUUAGACUUUAAAAAAAAAUGAUUUGUGAACAUUUUACACUGUGUAAAUAUCACUGCACUGAAGUUGUGGUUCACCCCUAAAAGGACCAGUGAAUGUAGAAAAUAAAAAUCUUAUGUAACGUC